AUUAAAAAUUGUUCCUCGCCUCCCAAAGCGGAUCCAUUACAAACACUUGCGAGCAAGAGUUCCGCGAGCCGAGUCUCUUUUAUUCCUCCACCGAAUAUGGUGCUGCAACUGCAAUCCAACCUGACUCUUUCGCAGGGGGUCAGGCUGAUGUUUUACGGCUUGACCCCCAGUGAAUCCACAUUCAGAGAGGUGGGGGAAGUACAGGACUACGUCCAGCAGGCUACACCCUAUUUCGUGGGUUUAAUGAUCAUAGAGCUAGUGAUCACCUGGUUUCAGAAGGGCCAAACUGUAUUGCGAAUGAAUGAUGCACUAACAUCCAUCAGUGCCGGCAUCUUGUCAAGACUGCCAGAAUUACUGGACCGUGGCAUUGAGCUGACUGGCUACAUUUACAUCUGGGAGAAUUUUAGACUGUUUGUACUCCCAUGGGAUUCAUCCUGGACAUGGUGGCUCGCAUUUUUAGGAGUUGACUUUGCUUACUACUGGCUGCAUCGAAUGUCACAUGAAGUGAAUAUCUUGUGGGCAGCACACCAAGUUCAUCACAGCUCUGAAGACUACAAUCUGUCUACAGCCCUCCGGCAGUCUGCAUUACAGAAAUACUUCUCCUGGGUCUUCAAUCUUCCAAUGGCUUUCUUCAUUCCUCCCUCAGUUUUUGCUGUACAUCUCCAAUUUAACCUGUUGUAUCAGUUCUGGAUUCACACGGAGAUAAUUGGUAACCUUGGGCCUCUGGAACUGAUCCUCAACACACCCAGUCACCACAGAGUCCAUCAUGGACGGAACAAAUACUGCGUCGACAAGAAUUAUGCUGGAACUCUUAUCAUUUGGGACAGGAUUUUUGGUACCUUUGAGCCAGAGAAUGAGAAAGUGACCUAUGGAUUGACUCACCCAAUCAAUGCAUUUGAACCUCUCUGGGUGCAGUGCCAUCACUUGCUUUACAUUUGGAAGACAUUUUGGGCUACCCCUGGCAUAAACAACAAAAUUUCUGUCAUCUUCAAUGGACCAGGGUGGGAACCAGGCAAACCCAGACUUGGCUGUCUUGAAGAUAUUCCCACAAUUAAUGGGAAGGAGAUGCCACAUAAUCCCCAAAUCCCUGCUUGGCUUCAAUUAUAUGCAAUGCUGCACUUUACCUUCAUUCUGGGUGUUUACAUGCACAUAUUUGCCAAUAAGUCAGCUCUAUCAGAAAUCACAAUCCUCUUAGGAAUUGGGUAUAUAAUGCUGACGCUGACUUCUGUUGGAUUGAUGAUGGAGAACAGAUCAAGCGUGGCUCUUUUGGAAACCAUCCGAUGCUGUGUUUUCCUUUUUCUUGAACUGGGUUCCUUGACUGGUCCUUUAAAACUGGUGAUUGAUGUUGGAUUUUCUCUAUGCCUGGCAUUCUGGGGUAUACGAAGUAUAAUGAAAAUCUAACAUCUACCAAUGGACACCAGUAUGAGAAUGAACCACCUCUGCAGCAACACUGUAACAUGGUCAGCUUCAGCAUGCAUAGCUCACAAAGUGCUUGGGGACAGUAAUAAAUGUGUCAUGGCUCUAUAUAAAUUAGCAAAAAAGAAAUAAUUUUACAAUGUAACAUUUUAGGGGAAACAAGAAAUAUGUUUUUGACUGCAAAUAACUUAAUAGGAAAUAAAAUAAUUUAACAUUUUAGAAUCAGAAGUCAACAAGAAUAGUAAUUUGUGAUAUUUUGCAUUAGAUAAUGGAAAGAAUUUAUGUUGUGAUAUUUAUUGACUAUAAAUUUUCUUGAUAUUUAAUUCCAACUAUACUAAAAUUUACAAAACUUAAGCACAGGCUAUACGAACUCAGGCCGUUAUUUUAUAUAACAAAAGUCAAUGACUGAGAACAGCAGUAUAGUACCACUAUGGAUUCUCUGCAUUUGUUCUCUGCCCUCUGCAUAGUGCUUCUUAAUAGGGUUGAUUUGUGUAGCACAUAUAUCAUAAAAUUCUGUUCAAAACCUCCAAUUUUGUUUUAAAAAAUCAUAUGAAGAGUUUUGUUAUGCACACCAAACAAUCAUUUCAAAAAAUCAAUUUGGUAGCUUGCAUGAAAUUAACAAAUGCUGAAGGUAACCUGAAAUUUUGUUAGUAUAUUACGACUUUAAAAAAUGAACCAUAACUGUUGAAACCUAAUUUAAUUAAUGCAAAUAAACAUUUCAUGAAUCUCUG